AUGAAGCUAAUUGCUGCAGAGACUCCACAAAAAAAAUUUGCCAUGAGAACAAUUGAGGACUCUCUUAAGGAGCUAGAAGGGCUGCUGCACGGUGGUCGGGUGCUUAGACUGCCAGAUCUGGAUCACAGGUAUACAAUUAUGUCAUAUGAAAACUAUGAACAGAGAAGCGCAGACGUUCCCAGGCAACAGAUCUGCGAUACAAGUCGCCAGCGUGAUAAUGCCUAUAAAGUUGUUCCAGUCACACAUACAACACAUUCGGCUGAUAUCAACAGUGAUUUUAUAACAAAUUACAAAUUGUCUACACCAACACAAGGUUUGACUACCAAUGUUAGAACAAAUCCCACAGUUGAUGUUUUAACUGAAUCUAAACCCAACUAUCAGUACUAUAACAAGCCGACAAAGCUUAAAGCUUCUGUUAAAAGGAAAAAGUCAUUAGCUAUUGUCCCUGCUUGGGUGAAUGUACCUGAAUUCAGUAGAUUUUUCGUUAUAAAAUCAAUCAGCUUAGAUCAUAUCAAGAAAUCUUUUUAUAACAGUAUUUGGUCAUCCACACAUUUCGGUAAUCGAAAGCUGUCACAGGCAUACAAAGAACUAAAGGCAGGCGCAAAGAUUUUCCUCUUCUUCUCAGUCAAUGCAUCCGGCAGAUUUUGUGGUGUAGCAGAGAUGUCAUCUGAUCUUCAGGAUUGUCUAGAUACGUCCUUAUGGGACGACAGCAGCAAAUAUGGGGCGGCAUUCAGAGUACGAUGGGUCCUCGUAAAAGAUCUUAAGAAUGCUCAUCUGAAGAGAUUUCUAAUACCAGAAAAUGAAAUGAAACCAAUUACAAAAUCUAGAGAUACGCAGGAGAUUCCCUUCUAUAUUGGUCAAGCAGUGCUUCAGCUUUUCAAGUCUGACAACACAAAUAUCAAAUGUUUCCUAGAUCAAGACUAUAAUUGA